AUGUGUUUCUACAACAUGACGAAGAUAGCAGGCUUGCACUACUUUCCUGCGCUAACGUCAUUGUGCAUCAUCGCGCAAGAGAUUACGGAAAUCUCGGGCUUGGAGGCGUGUCCAGCGUUGGAGCGUCUAUGGAUCUGUGAGACUUUUGUGGACCGGAUAAAAGGGCUAGAGAACUGUACAGAGCUGAGGGAGCUUUAUCUGUACAGCAACCAGAUAUCUAAGAUCGAAGGUUUACAUCGAUGUUACAAGAUCGAGAAGCUUUGGCUAUCAGACAACUGUAUCAGCAUUCUAGAGAACCUGCAAAACCUGGAAAGGUUGACUCAGCUCCAGAUGGGGAACAACCGAUUGGUUUCAGUCGGAGAUGCUUUGGACAAUAAUGUCAAUCUAGAGGAGUUGAACAUCUCAGGGAAUCGAAUUUCGUCGUUUCGUGAGGUCCUAUUCCUCGCACGUCUACCACGACUGGCGUCUUUAUGCCUUAGCGACCCAAACUUCGCCGAUAAUCCCGUCUGCUCGCUCUGCAACUACCAAACCCAUGUGAUCUAUCAUCUGCCAAAUCUGAAGGUUCUGGACACGCUGGAAGUGACGGAGGAGUCGCGGAGGGCGAUCAACGCUACAGUUCUGAAAAAGAGGAUGUACUACAACAUGCGGAUCAGGACAAUCAAACGCAACACCAACUUCCUCAUCAAGCUGCUCGUCACAAAGUCUCUUGCCGAGCAGAAUGACAUAGAGGCAGACAUCAAAGCCCUCCUAGCAAAGCUAAAACGUGUGCAGAAGCGGCAUGACGACGUACUGCUCGAGAAAGAAGCACGUGGAAAACCUCCAGUGAGCCCUAUGACAACUUUGAUGGAACGCCUCGCGGAUGCCAAGUUCCGGCUCGAGCACUUCAUCGGGGAAAAAAGCCGCUUGCAACGACAGCUCCAAGUACACGAGGCCGAGACGACUGAGCAAAUCGUACAGCAGAGUGAUAUUGCGAUCAGAAAGCUUCUCCUCGAGCUCGAGACUGGCGGGAACGUGCGCUUUGAAGACGGACAGGCGGGUGACGAAUGGUUCGUGUUGUGCGAGGCGCUGGUCAAGAAGAUGUUGAAAAGGGGUGGCUCGAGGAGUCGGGGAAGGCAUAUCAAGGUGCAUCGGAUAUCAAGGAUACACAAUCGCUAUCUGAAGAGCUUAUGCGAUGUAAGAGCACGGCGUCUGACAACCGGCAAAGCCGACCCGGCGCUAGACUACCUCUGGUAUGAAGGAUCAGAGUGCAACUUCGAGGACGUGUACUCGUCGGUCGAAUACGGGUUUUGCGACGAGGACGCUGCCAAUGAUGGACAAGUGCUGUUGCCCAAUUUCGUCAAGGCGGUGACUGCGUCGUCCAAAGAGUACUCCCGCAAAUCCCCGCAUGCGCAUAAGCAACUUCAUCAGGCGAUCGUAGUCAGGGCGCCGCUUGCCAACGCUGUCAGCGUAACGGACCACUCGACAGAUGUUUUACCCCGUAGCGCCCGAGGCAGCCGCAAAGACCAUGAUCCAUCCUCUCCCUCCAGCGCCAAUAGCAGCAAACGUAGCAUCAACGAAGACGACAUGCCCCUCAAGUACAUCUUCAAACAGUCUACGGAUCUUCUACCUGAGUACUUCGUAGAGUACACCAUCGAAGCUGAGGCCGCGGAUAUGACGAGCAAAUUUGAGAAGUUUCUCAUCGAUUUGGCGUUCUCGAGCAAAUUGGCGCAGCCGGGGAUGCCGGCGAUGGUGACGAAUCUGUUGAACGACGAGAGUUUUUUGAACCAACCGAGGGAGUUCAAAUCGGACAAUCUAUCCCUGGCACUUAUUGAAUCGAGGUACCCAGAGGUCAAGGUUGCAGAUGACACAUCCGCAUUUUUGGAUUACACUUUCAAGCACACAGUAACGAACGACGCCCCUGUCGUUGACUAUCUGAACCUCAACUGGGUUAAGAUCAAAAGCCUCACGGACCAAGCGUUUUACACGCAGAUCCGAUCCCUGUCCCUUUCGGGAUGCGGUCUCAACAAUGUUCCAUCACUUGCGGAGUUCCGUCAACUUGAGAAACUGGACGUGAGCUUCAACAAGAUCAAGCGCUUGCAGACGUUGAUGGUGACGCCCAUGUUGAGGCAUUUGGAUUUGGCCGCAAACCAGAUUGCCGACAUCAAAGAGUUUGCCGUCUUAUUUCAGAAAGAUUGCCUCAGUAUACUCGACACGAGGUUCAAUCCGGUCUGCAAGAUGAAGGGUCAUCGCAGCUACAUGCUAGUAAGGCUGGCCAACCUACAAUGCCUGGACGGAGUCGAAUGCAGUGCACAUCAUCAGAUCAACCUCAAACUCCUCAUCGACCACUCCUCGACUCAACCUCACCUCUUCCGCCCGCUCAGCGUCCGCACCCAGACCGGAUAUGGCUUCUCGGCCACUCAAAACGAGUACUGGCGGCUCGCCCACCACCCCCAUAUGACCGAGCAACUGGUGGUAGAAGCGCUCACGACCCUCGAGCUCGACUCAUGCAACCUGUUUGAUCUGUCUGGCCUCCCGACGGGGAUGGUGAACCUCCGUUGGGCGAGUUUCCGCAACAAUAGCAUUCGCGAUGUUACCAAGUUGGCGGCGUUCACGCGGCUGGAGGAACUGACGCUUGAAAAUAAUGAGCUCCAGACAAUCGAGCCACUGGUUGCGUUGAAAGCUUUGACAAAGCUGGACGUGAGCUUGAACAGGAUCGCGACGAUUGAGUGCGCUGGCGGGUUCCAGGCGUUGAUGUUGUUGUCGAUUGAGAACAACAGCAUAACAAACUUGCGGCCGCUCGCAGAUCUGCCGACGUUAAUGGAGUUGUAUGCUGGCAACAAUGAAGUCGCAGACCUCAUGAACAUAUUCCCUCUUCGUGAACUGCCGCGAUUGAUCAUCUUGGACUUCACUGGGAAUGCUGUAUGCAAACUUGAGACGUACAGGCUGUUCACCAUCUACCAUCUGGGAAAGCUGAAGAUUCUCGAUGGCACGGGCAUCUCCACCCGGGAACAGACCGCAGCGCGUGAAGCUUACCUCGGCAAACUCACGAUCGAGCUCCUCGGUGAAAAGAUCGGGCACCUCACUUUCAAGGCCAUCACGGAGCUCGACCUCCGCAAUUGCAAAAUCCGCGAAAUCGAUUGUUUUGCUGGGUUCGACUUCCGCAACCUGCGCAAACUUACGUUUGACAACAACCUCCUGACCAACAUCGACUGUUUCGUCGGUCUGGUCGCGUUGCGUCAUCUGAGUUUGAACAACAACCGCAUGGAGCGGCUGCUUUCCUCAGAUCUUCCGGCGGCGGCGGGUGCUGGCAACCCGCUGAAGUCUGAUCCGAUGCAUGCGGCACGGUUCGCGAAGCCUUUGCUACCGAACUUGGAGGAGUUGCAUCUUGGGAAUAAUAUGAUAACGAGGAUUGCGGAUCUUGGGCUGUUUCGCAUGUCGCAGUUGCGAAUCUUGUAUUUGAAUGGGAAUCGGAUAACAAAGAUUGAUGGAUUGGAAAACAUGCCAAACCUCAUGGAGCUGGUGCUGGACAAGAAUCACAUCAAAGGAGCGACCCUCAACUCUUUUACAUACGUGCCGCACCUGAAGACCCUACAUGUCAAGGAAAAUCGCAUCAAGUCCCUUGCGUAUUUUGAUGCCAUCCAGGGCUUAGAACGCCUUUACAUGUCGAAUAAUCGGGUCAAUGAGAUCUCGGAGAUUGAGAAAAUACGGCUUCCGAAUCUGGUCGAGCUGUCCCUCUCGCUCAACGCCGUCGCGCGGAAACAAAUGUACCGGCUUGCCGUCGUCAUGCAAUUCCCACAAAUCGUCAGCAUCGAUUCUUCUGAAGUGUCGGAGGAAGAGCGACAGCGCGCGCAAGCCUGCAUCAUGGAGCAGUGUAUGGCAAGGGAAGAUUCCAGUUCUGUGGUGAAACUGGGCUCGCAGUCCAUCAUAUCGUCCACUACGUCCCUCAACGGGUCGUCCAAGCUGCCUAUCAAAAUAUCCUCCGUGGUGCUCGACGGUGAGCGUGAGAACAUCUUAGCCUGCUGCAUCUGCAUUUCCGUCCUGCUGAUUCAUAAGGCUCCCAGGGCUAGAGAUGAGACUCUCCUCAAAUUCCUGCGGUAUUCUGAACCUGCGCCAAUGAAUCAACCAAUCUAA